AUGCAGGCGGAAUGGUUUGAAGCCGUGAGUGCGCGGAACCUGGACUACAUUGCACAGAAUUUGGAGCAGUGCUGCACUCUACACAACGAGCAGGGACUCACCGGGCUGAUGAUAGCUGCUAAGAACGGAGACAUCGACAUUGUGAAGAAACUAGUCCCUUACGAGGCAGGACAGCAGGACCCCGAUGGUAUCCCUGCCGCCAUCUAUGCAUACAAUGCAAAGCAUAUAGAGAUUAUGGAGGAGAUCCUUCAAGCAGAAGCGUCUUAUAGGUUUACCGAUGACUCUGAUAUCCUCAUGUAUCUUAUCCGGCACGGGUGCAAUGAUGUGCUUCUUAGUAUCGUACAUCACUUCCCUUCUCACAUCGACUAUAAUGGCUACUCUCACCUGGAUCAUGCAGUCAUGUGCAGGAAUACAUACGCCAUUGAGCUCUUGGUGAAUAGCUUUGAGUACGAUGAGUCAGCUAUUUCACGUGCUCUAGCUUUAGCCGAGGAAGUAGAUAAGAAGGCUCCCGCGAAGAACUUGAGCAGUGGGGAACGGCCCAUUGUUCUUAUUCUUUGUGAGCUCUUUAAUAUUAAUCCCCGAAGCAUAGCAUCUCCUGAAAUAGAUGACCUGCAGUAUUAUGCAAGAGGUAAUGCGAGCACUCUGACGGAUCCCUGUGUUGACAUUGGCUCGGCGAUAACCGGAAUUAGCGCCCUCUCUGAACGCAAUAGCGUGGCCUUUUCAGAUGCGUUGGGACUUUUCCUGCCUGACGAAUACGGCCCUGCGGCCAGGGGGUCUGUCGCCAACCUGCCCCCAACUGGCCCGGUACAAGGGAAUCCUGGGUCUCCUGGCCACCCCCAGUCUCCCCGGCUGUUGUCUCAGCCCGAGUAUCCAGACGCAAACAUCAGCUCGUUUAAUAGAAAGUUCCCGCCGACCAAUCCUACUAAUAGGGUUAGUCUCCAGAUACCCGGGACAAAGUAUGGGCCUAUAUCGACUGGCAUUUAUGAGAAGACCCUACCCAACAGGCCUCUAUCUAUAAGCGGGCUCAAGGCUAUGCAAAGUGACACCGAAAACUCCGUCAUAGACACGGCCAAUAUCCUAGAUAUUACCCUUUUGAAGAAGGAGUACUCGAAGGCCAUCAUGGAGUGUGAAAGGUUACGAAAGGAAGUCCAGCAUCAGCGGUUGGCACGGCUCCAUGCCGUCAACGCAACAGUACAAGCGGUGCCCACCAGGCGGGAGGCUAUUGUUCAAACUUGUAAUGAGGCUCCUGAUGCACCUGCAUCUCAGGAAGACGGUGUUUAUCAGCAAGACCUUGCUGCGGCCAAGGUCACCCCAUCUACGACCCGUGAGGAGCUUGUGGCUAUAGUUCUGGCUCUGCGGAAAGAAGUGGAAGUGAAGAACAAGCUUCUCACCCUGGGGUCACAGCCCGGUAAGGCCUCUCAAUCAACGAUUGAUUGCAUGGCAACUGCACUGCGCCGUCAGACCGAAGCCAGCAAGGCCCAGCGCCAGGCAAUGCAGGCCAAGAAUGAGCAGUUGGCACAGCUUCAUAUUGCGUUGCAAAAGCGUGAGCAGCAGAUCCGUAGUAUUCAGAUAGCAGCUCAGGCGUAUAAUAAGACUCAUCAAUCCCACAUUGAUGUGCCUACUGAUUUGCCUACUGACCGUGAGCCCGUAGCGACGACUUUUGCCCCUAGCCUCCCUGAGACAGGAGUAAGCACAGAGACAUACGUAAAGCUGUCCAAGGAAAACAGUGAGUUGACACAACAGGUCAAGCAGCUAAAGCGCGAAGUUAGCAGCUUAAAGAGCAAACUAGGCCUUACUCAGGACCCAAGCCGCGUGACUGAAGAUGGGGUGGGUCGAGCACAAUUAUCUCCGCUAAUAUUGCUUCAAAUUGAAAACAUCAAACUAAAGAAGCAGCUCAACGAUAAGGUGAAGCUUCUAAGCAACCAAGAAAACCACAUCUAA